AUGGGCUAUAAUUAUUAUAACAGGCCCAGCCUGUGACAAGAGGCUUGGGCUAUCUAUCCAUGUUUUCUAAGUUGAAGUGUUGUUUCUUGAAUCAGCAUGAUUUCAUGCCAAAAAAAUGAUUCGGUUCUACUCAGCCUCUGCAAAACCUUUUCAUUCUGAUCACUGUUGUAAACUUGUCUCUUUGAUUGACUCAUGCAAGUCGAUGCAACAAAUUAAGCAGACCCAUUCACAAUUAGUAACCACAGCUCUAAUAUCACACCCUGUUUCAGCCCAUAAGCUCCUCAAGCUCACUGCUUAUGUUUCUAUUUCUUAUGCACACAAACUGUUUGAUCAAAUUCCUCAACCAGACUUGUUCAUUUACAACACCAUGAUCAAAGCACAUUCUAUGUUACCCCAUUCCUGCCACAAUUCCUUUGCGGUUUUCCGCUCAUUAAUCCGGGAUUCGGGUUUUUUUGCGAAUAGAUAUAGCUUUGUGUAUGCUUUCGGUGCCUGUGGCAAUGGGCUGGGUAUGCAGGAGGGACAGCAGGUUCGCGUUCAUGCUGUGAAAAUUGGUUUGGAGAACAAUAUAUUUGUUUUAAAUGCCUUGAUUGGUAUGUAUGGGAAGUGGGGACUUGUGGAGGAGGGCUGGAAGGUAUUUCAAUGGGCUGUGGAUAGAGACUUGUAUUCUUGGAACACCAUGAUUGCUGCCUACGUUGGAUCUGGUGACAUGAUUCGAGCUAAGGAAUUGUUUGACGGAAUGCAAGAAAAAGAUGUUGUGUCAUGGAGUACUAUAAUAGCUGGUUAUGUUCAGGUUGGUUGUUUCAUGGAGGCUUUGGAUCUUUUCAACGAGAUGUUGCAAAUAGGUCCUAGGCCAAAUGAAUAUACCCUUGUAAGCGCUUUUGCCGCUUGUUCGAAUCUAGUAGCACUGGAUCAAGGAAAGUGGAUACACGCUUACAUCGGGAGAGGCGAGAUUAAGAUGAAUGAAAGGCUUUUAGCUAGCAUCAUUGACAUGUAUGCAAAGUGUGGGGAAAUAGAAUCAGCAUUCAGAGUUUUCUUUAAUUACAAGGUAAAGCAAAAGGUUUGGCCAUGGAAUGCCAUGAUUGGUGGGUUUGCAAUGCAUGGAAAACCCAAUGAGGCCAUAAAUGUGUUUGAACAAAUGAAGGUUGAAAAAGUUUCUCCUAAUAAAGUCACAUUCAUUGCCUUAUUGAAUGCUUGUAGCCAUGGCUAUAUGGUCGAGCAGGGGAAAUUAUAUUUCAGAUUGAUGGUUAGUGAUUAUGCUAUUACCCCAGAAAUAGAGCAUUAUGGAUGCAUGGUGGAUCUACUUAGUCGUUCUGGUUUCUUGAAGGAGGCUGAAGACAUGAUUUCAAGUAUGCCAAUGGCUCCAGAUGUUGCAAUCUGGGGAGCACUGUUGAAUGCUUGUAGAAUCUACAAAGACAUAGAGCGGGGACAUAGAAUAGGAAGGAUCAUUAAAGACAUGGAUCCUAACCAUAUAGGGUGUCAUGUUCUACUGAGUAAUAUAUAUUCAACAUCUGGGAGAUGGAAUGAAGCAAGAAUGCUGAGAGAAAAGAAUGAACUCAGUAAUGAGAGAAAAAAGAUUCCUGGUUGCAGCUCAAUUGAAUUGAAGGAGACAUUCCAUUAGUUCCUUGUUGGAGAUAAAUCCCACCCUGAAAGUAGGGAGAUUUAUUCAUUUUUGGAUGGAUGACAAUCAAGUUGAAGAGUGCUGGGUAUGUUCCAGAGUUAGGAGAACUUUUGCAUGAAAUUGAUGAUGAAGAUAAAGAGACUGCUCUGUCUUUUCACAGUGAGAAGUUGGCCUUUUGGAUUGAUGAACACGGCAUAUGGAACUCCAAUUCGCAUUGUAAAGAAUUUAAGGAUUUGUGGGGAUUGCCACCAAGUAACAAAGUUCAUCUCCAAAGUUUACGAUCGAGUAAUUAUAGUAAGAGACGGGACAAGGUAUCACCACUUCAAAGAGGGAAUCUGUUCUUGCAAAGGCUACUGGUAGAUAAGGAAGCAGCUACAUUCAGCCAUCAUUUUUCCCUUUUUGCCCACCUUUGACACAAUGGAGCAUUUUUGUUUCUUUGGUAAACUCAUUCACACAUUGAGUUGACUAGACAAAGAUAUGCAUUUGAUUAGAGAUUUUUGCUAAUACAAACGAUAAUGUUGCCCAUGUGAUCUGUUACAUACUAAUAAGAAAAGUUCGAAGAAGGAAGAAUGACCUUCUAUGAUCAUUAUUUGCAUUGUUGAACAGUUCGCCCAUUGGUUUAUAAAGGGUCCUCUUGCUUUUGGGGCUUUUGGCAAAUUCUUGAAGAAUGCCCAUCAGGGUGCUGUCAAUUCUUUACAGCUUCAGAUAAUGGAAGUUGCCUGAAGUUUGUACACUUCUGUUUCUAUUGUAUACACUAUACAUGUACUGAACAAAGAAUAGCUUGGUUAUGCCAGCUCAAGUUUUGUUCUUUUUUGGAACAGGUAAAGCACAACCUCUGAGGAGUAAAUUGCUGUAUAGUUCUUCUUGACCAUUUCGUAUAGGUCUCAUUUUUCCGAAAACUUGUAUUUUAUAUUUGGAUAUUUACCAAUACCUUUUCUUUAAGGUUAUUUCCUCAGACCGUCAUUAUUUCAGUUUUAUCAUGGCUUCUUGAUUGUAUUGCGCAACUUUGAUGAGAUCAGUAAAGUUUCGUAAGAUGUACUAUUAAGGGAUAAUAUCCUUGCAUCUCCUCUGAAUCUGGAAAAUAGAAGCUCAAAAUAGUUCGAACUUAU